UUAAGGGGUUGUUUCGGGUUUUUAUAUUUAUUUUUGUAACCAAAUUAAAGGGUUGUUUUCGGGUUUUCACUCUCUUGUUCUUUUCUUCUCUGCGAUAUACAAGCUUGCUUCAAUUUCGCCGCCGAUACCAUUUCGCCGCCGAUGGGUUUUUCCAAGGAACAGCUACUUCAGCAGUUACAGAAGCUUCAGAUUGAGUUUUCUAAGUAUGAACAUCCAGUUGUUUUGACUGUUGAAGCUCAGGCUAAGUAUGUUGGAAAUUUGGGUGGUGGACUCAGUAAAAACCUAUUUUUGAAGGAUAAGAAAAACAGGUUUUAUAUUGUUUCUGCUUUAGCUGAUACCAAAGUGGAUCUGAAAGGUAUGUGUAAUUUUGUGAAAAUGUGGAGUUUGUUCACUUGGGUGAAAAUGUGGAGUUUAUUUUCCAACGCUCACCCGGCGAGCCAAUUGCUCCGCCGGGCGACUCACACCAGUCUGCAACUUUUUAUUUCUUUAAUUGUUUCUUUUAAUGGCUACUCUUUUAUUGAUCCAAAAUUGCAUCCUUGAAGCUUUAUUACUCAAUGCUCCAUACAUGCUCAAAUACCUACAAAAUGAAUGAAAAAUUAUUAGCCGGUACAUAAAUGAAUCAUAAACCCGAUUAAACACAAAAUCUACAUAUUUAUAUAAUACACACUAAAACUCGUCUAAAUUGAGGAAAAAGAGAAGAUAAGUGCAGCAAAACUAUAAAAAAAAUAACUACAAUUUGACACUUAUCACAUGGAAAAUGUUUCCAUCAUAUUUUCUUCCGUCUCUAUGCCAUCUUAUAUUCUUUGUGUAAGUUGCAUUAGCAAAAAGUCUCUUGAACCUUGAAAUUAUUGGCAAGUACCAUAACAUUUUAGCACGAGGAUGCUUCUUACUAACAUUGUCAUUGUCAUCACCAUUGUUGUUGUUCUUCAACUUGUAACGCGACUCAUCAUAUUUUGGAUAUUGAUCCAAAUUUUCAUACUCUUUCUUGUAUAAUAUGCAAUCAGUAGGGCAUGCAUGUAUUUUUACAUACUCCAUACCCAUUGGACGCAAUAUCUUUUUGGCAUCAUAACAACGAUCUAACAAAUUCUUAUCUUUUGGUAGCAUUUGUUUCAACAAAUCAAGCAAUCCUGUGAAACUUUUAUUCGACCACCCACUUUUUGCCUUUCGAUUAAACUAGUAAAGGACCCGUGCGUUCGCACGGGUCACGCAAAGUCGAUAUAAAUAAUAAAUAAAUAUAUAAAGAUAGUUAAUAAAUAUAUACAAAAGAUACACAAAUUAAAAAGAAAAAAAUUGAAAUUAUAAUUGUUAUAUAAAUAUUAAUUUAAUUUAGUUAGAAAUAUAUACUUUAGUAGAAAAAAUAAAUGAAAUAAUUAUAGUCAUCUACCCAUGCAUUUAUACGGAUCGCGCAAUAUCAUUAUAAAUAAUAAAUAAAUAUAGUAUAGUGAUGGUUAAGAAAGUAUAUAAAAGAUAUAUAAAUUAAGUAAUCUCGACCCGUAAAAAAAUGUAUAGUUUAGUUUAAAAAUAAAUAAAAUAAUUAAUUAGUCAUCUACACGUGUGUUCGUACAGGUCGCACAAUAUUGUCAGAAAUAUUAAAUAAAUAUAGUGCUUUGAUGGUUACAAAAAUAUAAUAUUUGAAAUUCUAAAUGUCAUAGAAACAUAACAUUAAUUUUAAAGUGUUUAAAAAAAAUUCACUUUGAUUUCAUAUUCUUGUAUUUUAUUUUAUAAGUUAGUUGUUUAAAAAAUUUUGAUUUUUAAUUAUAAACAAAUUGAGUUAAAUGUUUUAAAAAAUUCAAAAAAAUUAAUAUAUGGAUUAAAAACCUAUAUUUUGUCGGUCCGUUACAACAUAUGAUAUAUAAUACUGGGUUAAUGAACUUUUUCGUCCCUUUAAAUAUUUCAAAUUUCGUUUUUAGUCCCUCUAAAAUUUUCCUUCAAGAAAUCGUCCCUUCAAAAUUUUUCUUCCGAACUAUUGGUCCCUAACGUCAAAUUUCGUAGCUAAUCGGUGGCUAAAGUCGUAGCUAAUCUCUAGCAAAUUUGACGUUAGGGACCAAUAGUUUAGACAAAAAAAUUUGAAGGGACGAUUCCUUAAAGGAAAAUUUUAGAGGGACUAAAAACGAAAUCUGCCAUAUUUAGAGGGACCAAAAAGUUUAUUAACCCUAUAAUAUUUGUUCAAUUUAAGUCAAUAUUUUAUCGGCCCGUUAGAAAAAUAGGUUCGGCCCGUCGGACAUGCCUAUAAUUUUUAAUUUUUUUGAAUUGUAAAUUUAUGGAUUCUAUUGAUAUUAUAUGAUUUUAUGAUCAUAUAUUAAUUAAAUAUUUAAUGAUAUUUUUUAAAAAUAAUCAUAAUGAUUGUGACAAUGAAUUUAAUUUAUAAAUAAUAAAUAAAUAUAUAACGAUGGUUAAUAAAUAUAUAUAAAAGAUACGCAAAUUAAAAAGAAAAAAUAUUUGAAAUUAUAGUUUUCAUAUAAAUAUUAAUUUAAUCUACUUAGAAAUAUAUACUGUAGAAAAAAUAAAUGAAAUAAUUAAGCAGUCAUUUACCUGUGCGUUCGCAUGAAUCAUUUUUUUUGAAGAAGCUAAAAAAUAUAUUACCAACAACGAAAAUUCCUUCAAGCACAAGACGUUCGCAUGAAUCAUUCACCAUCGUUAUAAAUCUACCAUGAGUAAUCAUCUACCAGUGUAUUCACAUGGAUUGUACAAUGUUAUAAAUAAUAAAUAAAUAUAAUGUAUGUGAUUAUAUUGAUUUGGUAACAGGUAUUAAAUGAUCUAAUUUUUUAAAUAUAAAAACAAAUUGUCAUCGUUUAGAAUAAAUAUAUUAUCUUUCCCAAAAUAAAUAUAUUAUACUUAUAAUUAUUAAAAGUCAAGAUAUUUUAAAUCAUAGGCUAGUUUAUAUAUUAAUAAGUGUAAAUAUGAUUUGCAUAUUGUUAAGACCAAAUCAAAAUAUAAAAUUAAAUAUUAAAAAGUAAUUUGAAUAAAAUAAUUUGAAUAAAGUAAUUGGAAUAAAUUAAUUUGAAUAACAUAACUUAUACUACAUAUUUUAUCGUUAUUUUAUUCGUCAGAAAAAAGCAUUUGGGAUUGUAAUUAAUGAUGGUUAAAAAAUUUUAAAAUAUUCAAAACAUUCAAAUUUUUGUUUUUGCAAAAAGAAUAAUAAAUGUUUGUUUUUGCACUUCUUAACAUUUAAGACCACUAUAAAUACAACA